AUGCCACAAAUAACCAUCUCAUUCGAAGGCUCGGAUUUUCGCGCUCGUCGAUGGAAAAUUCCUCAACAUACUGGCUACUUUGAGCCGAUCCCGCCUAAUGAGGCCGAACUUUAUGUUCAGGCUGAUGCAAUCUAUAAAAACCGUCUUGGGGACAAUCGACGGCGGCGUGCAACGCUAGCUGAACUACGUGUUUGGGGAGCCACUCACGACGAAUUCGAGCCCGUGUAUGCGCAAGCGCAAAGUCGUAAUGGCAGCACGCGCUUUUGCUUGCGACUAAUACCUAACUCGGAGCAUGCCACCCAGGAAUUAUCAUCAGAAAUCUUACAGCGCUACAAGCGACUCCUUCGCGAUGCCAAGUUUCACUCGACACAUUUACGAACUGCCGGAGGCUACCUAGUUCCGCGACAUUAUGGGAUAUGGCUCAUGGAUACGGGCAACUGGGCGGGAAAGGUCAUCGUCAGCAUUACUCAAUGGUGUGGUAUAGCCUUCUCAGAGCUUGUGUUUCACCAGAAAGAUACCGAAGCAGUGAAGAUUGCAAUAGGUCGCACGUACGAACAACUCCACGACUACGGGGUUGUUCAUCUUGGUGACCGAGAAACUCGCCCAUUCGACAAGAUUAUGUUCGAUGUUUCCCAACAGCGAACCACGGGCAGUCCCAAAUGCUAUCUGGUCGAUUUUUCCGAGGCAACGGCAAGCCAUAUUUGCGAGCGCAGAGUGCCUAUGCUGCCUAUAGGCUCUUUUAUCACCUCAAGGACAAUUGGCUGUCGGGAAAUCGGGGGUUUGAUGUGCUCUCUCGACUUCAGCAUCGACACGCCUGGUUAUCGUGGAAACCCCGUGCAAACUGCUUUGGAGUGGCACACUUCUUAUCGCCAGAAGCACCCGGAUGCCAGCAAUAUCUUUGCACUAUACGCCCAACGUGCUAAAUUUUACGCGCGGUGGCCCAAGCUCUACAAUUUGGGCUACGAUAUAGUUGACCCAAGCAGUGAUUACCCACAGGUUAUCCGUCGUCAGAAAGGCGCAGGAACUACUUUGGCCGAUAUCAGAACUCCCAGGAUCACCAAUUACAGCUCAAAUUCCAGUAGCAGCAGCAGCGAUGAUCCAUGA